GAAGGUCCAUCAUAAAAUCGAAGCCCUGUCGACCCGGCUUCAUUUCUUCGAACUACAACAAUUGGGGAUUUUGGGAUUUGCUCGAUUAGCAGUAAGAAAACGAGAAAUCUGCCUGAUGGAUAAGCAGGAAAAGAAGGAGAAAUCAGAAGGAUUGAAUUCUGAAUCCAGUUUGAUGCGCAGUGUGGACGAAGAAGCGGAGUCUAACGAGGAUCGCAGCUUGAAAAUCUUAGAGAAGGCUAUGAUACCGGCAUCAUGUUCCAAUGUCAUUGAAGAGGAAGAAGCUGAGAUUUUGACGAAUAUUGAAAUGGUGUCAGGUGGAAUUGACAAGGGUUUCAAAAGCUUCUGUAGGAACAUGUUUCCGGAGGACAAAGCGAAGGAAAAGGAAAAUGUGGAUAAUACUAAAGCUAUGGAUAUUGGUGAUUGUGCAGCUGAAAAGAAUCCUGUUGGGGUCUCUGAUAAUGCUGUUCUACGAAGGCUUCUUCGGGGCCCCAGGUACUUUGAUACUCCAGAUAAGAGUUGGGGAACAUGCUAUAAUUGUGGUGAAGAGGGUCACGCUGCAGUUAACUGUACUUCAGCUAGACGUAAGAAGCCAUGCUUUGUUUGUGGAAGUUUCGAACAUAAUGCUAAACAAUGCGCAAAGGGAAAAGCUUGUUUCAUCUGCAAAAAAGGAGGUCAUCGUGCAAAUGAUUGCCCUGAAAGAAGCCGUGGAGGAUCCCAGAGUUCUAAAAUAUGUCUCAAGUGUGGGGAUUCUGGCCAUGAAAUGUUUUCAUGCAGGAACAACUAUUCUGACGAUGAUUUAAAGGAAAUACUGUGUUACAUCUGUAAGAGUUUUGGCCAUCUUUGCUGUGCAAAAUACCCUGAUAGUGGUCCGAGAGAAUUUUCCUGUUACAGAUGCGGUUUACUAGGCCAUACUGGUUUGGCAUGCACAGCAUCUCGUGCGGAGACUAGCUGUACUGGGUCACUUAAUCCCUGCUAUAGAUGUGGUGAAGAAGGUCAUUUUGCACGCGAAUGUACUAAUCCCAGCAGAGUCAAUAAGCGGAAACAUGAAUUAUCAACCCCCAAGAAGAAAGUCCCCAAGAAAAGAAAUGAGCAAAAAGAGUUCAAGUCUGUACCUCGUGAUUUUGGUAGGGCAUGGAAGAAGAAAGGAAAAACUGAAGGCGGAUAUACGUCGGGCUAUAAGGUGAAACGAAGGGGCGGUUGGGUCCCGGAUGAUCUUGAAGACUAUCCCCAAUCUAAUAAUUGGAGAUCUCCUUCGACUCCUAGAAACAAGAGAGCUAAGAUUUCGAACUCCAGUUCUGGUGGUCAUGCUUCUGUUUCCCGUUCAUCCAGAAAGUCCAACAGGCUUGAUUUUGAUAAUUCCGCUUCUUAUGGGUCAGGCAAUUAUCAUCACCAUAGAUUUUCAACAUCCGGUGAUUUUGAUCCUUCAACUUCUUAUGGGUCAGGCAAAUAUCAGCAUUACCAUAGGUCGUCAGCAUCGCGAUUUGGUAACAGUAGCCGUGAUAGGUGGAGGAGAAAUAAUGACUGGUAGUAGACAUUGUUACUCAUGUGUAAUAUAUUUGGUUAUUGGAAAGGUCUGAGAACUCGUCAUAAUUCACAGAGACUGGUUGCACAAGCUCAUUAGUUCAUCAGGGACUUUAUGGUUGUUUGUUCAAUGAGUGUGGAACUGAGGUCGAUCUCAUCAUAUGUUGUUCCCUGUCAUUUCUGUUUGUAAUUUGUUAUAUGUCUUUUGUUCCCUGAUGCAUCUUAAUUGAAUUGUUACUCUUCUUUUUGCCUGAGAGGCAUGUAACUUUAAAAAGUACAAGUUAAACUGCCAGCUGAAAUGCAAUUUCUAAUUUAUUUUUGAGGUAA